CAAUCCGUGGCGAAACCAUGGCGCUGUACUGUGGCGGGUUUAGUUGAAAUGGAUGAUGCAAGUAUGGACAUAAUAGCCUAUGAUGAUUACUCCACUCCACCGCUUCAGAGAUAUUGAAAGGACACCUGAAUACCUCCAGCCGGAAAAGUGUGUUCCACCUCCUAGCCGCGCUUCCCUGGGAACAAUGUGGUUUAUUCGAGAUGGCUGUGGUAUUGCAUGUGCUGUCGUUACCUGGAUGCUGGUGUUCUAUGCCGACUUUGUAGUCCUUCUUGUCAUGCUAGUUCCAUCGAGAGAUUAUGUUUAUAGUGUCAUCAAUGGCACACUGUUCAACACCUUGGCUUUCCUCGCUUUGGCUUCACAUUGUCGUGCUAUGCUGACAGAUCCAGGUGCUGUACCCAAAGGUAAUGCCACAAAAGAGUUCAUCGAGAGUUUACAGCUAAAGCCAGGACAGGUGGUUUACAAGUGCCCAAAGUGUUGUAGCAUCAAACCUGACAGAGCACAUCACUGCAGUGUUUGCAAGAGGUGCAUUCGGAAAAUGGACCAUCACUGCCCAUGGGUCAAUAACUGUGUAGGAGAGAAUAACCAGAAGUACUUUGUACUGUUUACAAUGUAUAUAGCACUGAUUUCCCUGCAUGCUCUAAUCAUGGUGGGAUUUCACUUCUUGUACUGCUUUGAAGAAGACUGGACAAAAUGUAGUUCCUUCUCUCCACCAACUACAGUGAUUCUACUCAUCCUCUUGUGUUUUGAGGCUCUCCUAUUUCUCAUCUUCACCUCAGUUAUGUUUGGGACCCAAGUACACUCCAUCUGCACUGAUGAAACGGGUAUUGAGCGACUUAAAAACCAGAAGCCAACAUGGGAGAGGAUCAGCGGCUGGGAAGGAAUGAAGCUGGCAUUUGGAGGUGCCUUCUCCCUGGGCUGGUUCAACCCUUUUUCAGACCUGAGCUGCAAGAGCCCAGCGCCUACUGAAGCGGUGGCAGCAUCUCCUGCGUCUGAAAUAAUGACCCAAGAAGAAAUCGAGCAGUUUCUGGCUCGAGAUGUUGCCAUCCAAAUGUUGCAUGAAUAAGCAAAGCAUCCUUCUCCUUCCAGAAGAAGCUUUCAGGUGUUUUGUUGUUUGUUUUUUUUUUUUAAUAAUUACUUGUGUUGGAGAUUUCAGGGUUGUUUUUAGACAUACUUUCUGGUGCAUUAAAAAAUUCAAGAGUAUUGGUCUAGGACAGACACUACAGCACUAUCAGAAGCAAGGCAAAUCUUCAGAGAGAGGUUCAUAAGUGAUGGGGUUCAUAAGCUCCUUUUCAGACCUGUGUCAGCUGCUUUAUUGAUCUUUUCUUACAUGGCCUUUAAGGACAGUUUAUAAUUGUCAGAUAGAUUGGCUCCAGUUUCCAGAGAUGUGCCAUUCUAGGGAGUUUGGUUAAUCUUUUGUUCUUACAGCCUUUUGGAGGACUAAAUAUGUGAUGGCAAGAUUAGCCAGCUCUGAAGAUUUUCUGAAAAAAUACAUCCUUUUUAGCCCAUCCCAUCCCAUAGGUGCUGCUUCUGGGUUUGCUGGUGCACUGAUCUUAGUAGAGGUGGGAUACAGGGCUGUGGAUGCAGCAGAUGGAUGAGCUCACCCUGGGUGUGAUUCCUUUGGGCUCUGAAAUAUCUCCAGGGGUUAAUUUUUACCCUCUGUGCUUAUGAGACCACCCAGGACUGGUGGUGCUUGUCAGAGGUGGUGGUGGGCUUGUGAUGGUGCCAGGUUGGCGGGAGUAUCGACCCAUGGCCAGUGCAGCAAAUGUUGGCUGGGAUGUCGAGCUGCUCUUGCUGGUGGGGGGAAGCUUUUCCCCCGGGCUGUAGUUCCUUCACAUGUGAGAUGUGUGGAGUGGGAGCUGCCUGGCUGAGCUCUGCAGCCAGGGAGCAGGGAAGUGGUCUAUGCCAGGUACCAGGACUAUUUUUGCAGUGAAAGAGAGGGUGAUGUGGGCACCCUGUGAUGGAGGUACUACCUCUCUCCUUUUGACUGGUCUAAUUUCUAUGUUUCUCUUCUUUUCUUGGUAUCUAGAGUUGGUAGAGAAUGAAUAGUGCCUCCUAAUCUUAUUGGGAUUUAACACUGUCCUACUAGUACAUGCCAUUGUGCUGGGUUUCCUUACACUAAUUUUGCAGCCAGCCCCUGGGGAAUGCUGGUGAACCUGUAGAAGGAACACUUGUCACUUGAAGAGGGCAUCACUGCAGGGAGGCAGUAUUUGCAGCAAAGUCCUGCAGAGGUGUUGUUGCCAGCUGCUGCAUUCAGUUGCACUGCAAACACUUGGCAUGCCCCAGAUGUCAGGCUACUUUUAAUUUAGACUGUUCUUCGUUUGUGUUCUUUUUUCCUUCUUCUGUCAUAUCCCUCAGAUUAAUUGUCGUUAAAUUUGCAGGACACUAGAAAUAUGCUACUGGUUUCCCCUCACAUAACAUGCUUGCUUUUAUGUCCCCCUCCCCUGUAACCUGAGCCAAAGAUAACUGCUUCUCUCAAAAGGAAGAGAAAGGAGUUUUUGGGAUGAAAGCAUGGUAUUGUGAAAGACCUGUAUGAAAAUUUUAUUAUUUAUAGGAAUAAUAUCAAAUGGAAUUUGUGCAAGAUUUUUUUUUCUGUUUGUUCUUAAUGCCUCAGAAAGCAUCUUUGUGUGGAUUAACUGUGUGACAUUCAGAGCUGCUGUGGAGGGAUGAGAUUCUCUACUAGACUUGUCCUCUGCCACAGCAGUCCCAUUUUUCUGGCAAAGGUAUUGGGAACAAAUAGAAUGCCUUGACUAUAAGGAGCACAGCUUCACCAAAAUCCAGGGGGUAUUUCUGAAUAGUUGUCCCAUCCCCUGUUCUCUCUGGAUGUCUCUUCUUCUUUUUAGUGAAAAGUAGAUCUAGAGAACAUCUUUAGGAAUUGCAUAUUUUUAACCUUUGGGAUAAAGGGAAACACCCCACAUUUGAGGGGAAAUGAGAUAUCCUCUCAUGUCAUUUAGACAUGAGAUCUUGAAUGUCUUUGCCCUAUGCAGCAGGAUGUUGAGGGAAUAAGGUCUCCUCCUUCUGCACUAGCCUAUGUUCAUCUCUGUCAGCAUCCCACAGGAAAGGGACAUCAGGGACAUACACAGGUCUGUAGGGAGCAAUGGGGUUUUUGAAAAAGGAAGAGCCCUUUUUAGCUCAUGUUUUCUAAUUUUGGCUUGCUGCUCCUCCUCUGCAUCCAGUUAACACCCCUGCCUCUGGUGCUAUGUCUGCAGUGGGAGUGGUGCUACAGGGAGGAGCUAGUCCAUGGCUAAAAAUCACCUUGAGGCAAAAGGAGAGGGAUUGUCAGCUUGGGAGAGACCCUCAUGCGCUACAUUCCAGGGAUGCUUCUCAGGACAGGGACCCUAAUCUGAGACAUGGCUUUGGGUAGGCAUGGAUGGAGGCAGCCUAAUUUCUCCUCCACUCUCAAACCUGGUUCACUUCAUCAUGAGAACAAUUGUCAUUUGCUUCUGUUUUCCAUCUCUCCUGUUGUUCCUCAGGUGCUGGCAUUUCUGGGUUUGUUUU